CAUUUGCGGACAUUAGCACACAGUUCAUCCGGCUUACAUCUUUUGAAGACUUUGAUUCACUUUGAUCUUAGAUCCACAUCUAACCUCUUAAUAUUAAUGUGGCAUGGCAGCAGAAGAGGAAGCUAUUCCCGCAAUACGUCGUCGCGUCUGCCUAGUCUACACUCCAACCUCAACGGUGAGCCGAGGUACGCAGGGAUUGAAUGGUCGUCCCGACUCUCCGACGCCUAGAAUGCUUGUUCGUACAUAGCCUCACAGGACGAAUUUACAGCUUACAGAACUCAAACGGGCUGCCUAAUUAAAGUCUAAUGUACCAUUUCGGGCCAAAUUGUGAACGAAUAAUAAAGACAUUAGUAUAAGCAGCUCCACGAGCGGGACAAUUAAUGCCGUGAGUGCAAUUUCUGUUCAACCACGUCGGUGACAUUCCCAUUUAAAGCUAGAGAUCUCCUCUUCACAUCAUCUAGCAUAGAACAGCUAUAAAUCUGCUCGCAAAAAUGGCCAAAUAUACGCCGACAACACCAACAAUCCAAGUCCUCUCCAAACAGAACUACGAGGACCAACACCUCGUGGCCCUCCCCAAUGCCCUCCCUCUUCCACCUCUCACCCCACACUCCCUACGCAUCUGCACAAUAAUCCUUUCCUUAACCACCAACAACUUCACUUACGCACGCUGUGGUCAUCUCCUCGGUUGGUGGGACGUGCAUCCUCUGCCUCCGUCCAUCCCUGCUGAAUUCGCCAACCCGCAGGAUUACGGAAGGGUAUCGGCUUGGGGCUAUGGCGUUGUGGUGGAGAGUACUGUUCCUAAAGGUCUAGGUAUCGAAGUGGGAACGCACGUGUAUGGCUAUCUGCCAAUUGGAACGCUACCUGUUGACAUGCACGUCGAGAUCAGUGCAGACGCGAACGGACAGUUUGUGGAAAUCAGUCCGCAGAGAGAGAAGUUGAUGCCGGUUUACAACCGCUACCUCUUCUACUCGUCAGAAACGACCGCCCAGCAGAAGGCCGAGCGGAAGCAAAGCGAAGGCUAUGAUUCUCUUUUGCAAGUCCUAUUCGAGGCUGGCUACAUGAUGAAUCGCUUCGUCUUCGCGUGGGACUCGAGCGAGCUCGUGCAUCCCUCCGGCGCCGAUUCGGGUUGGACUACCGAGGACGCACGGAUCGGGGAAGAUACGAUCCUGCUGCUGUUCGCGGCGAGUGGGAAAACAGCACUUGCGUUCGCCCACCAGUUGAAGUAUGGCCGUCCAGCAGGGAAGUCCUCGCGCAAGGUUGUAGGGGUGGGAUCAGACGCACCAAGGGCUUUUACAGAAGGAACAGGGCUGUACAAUUCCGUGCUGACGUACGAUGCUGAUGAUGACCAUGACAUUGGUGUUGAGGUUGGCGCGGAUGCAGACUCGAAGGUUGUCGUCGUCGAUUUUGGCGCUAGAGGCGGAGCAGCAGAUCGGUGGGCGGAGAAGUUGAGGAAAAGUAGUAAGAGCGUUACGCUCCUAGGUGUAGGGGGCGAGGUUGCAGCGGAAAGCCAGGAGGUGACAACACAGAAGAUGGUGAAGCGCAUGGCGGCUGGGAGAAUGCAGGUAAACACUUCAGGGAUGAGAUCCCAGGCGGUGGGGAUUCUAGGGCACAAGACAUAUUUUGAGGGGCUUUUGACGGAGUGGAGGACGUACAGAGAAAGGGGAGUGCCGAAAGGGCUGCAACUAGUAUGGGGCAAGGGAAUGGACGACGUGGGGAAAGGGUGGGAGAGGUUGUAUAAGGGGGAGGUAGGGCCGGAUGAGGGACUAGUGUUUGACUUUUGUCAAGUUGACGCGUUUUGGCGUUUUCGUGGGCCACUUGCUUGUGUGGGCCACUCGCUUGUGAAAUACCUUAUAAUAUAUACCCUAUCUGUGCUGAUAGACAAGAGGUGUGUGUGGUUGGGUGGUGGUCUUGCGUAGGGUUUGAGGUGAGGAAGCAAAUACGCGACUGCAGGGUGGUUGACAAAUGGAGUUAUUAACAAACAUUUUCUCAAAGGUCUAUAUAGAUGGAUUUUUCAAGUCCUAUAGCAAAAUAAUUAUAUUAUAUUGUGCAG